UCGUGGAAGACCUCUGCUUUCAUAUAACAUGCUCAAUAAAUAUUUGUAGAGAAGAGAGUGAGGCUUCAAAGCCCUCCCCUCAAGAACGAGACCCCGCCACUGCAAAUCCAAUCUCCCGCUUUCCAACCCUACGACGCGCGCAGGCCACGAUGGGCGCCCACACCGAGCCAUCACCGAGCCACGACGCGCCACUCUCCAUAGAAGAAGAAGACGACGUAUGCGACGCCAUAACCAGGCGCUUCGCCAACUCCUCGGCCCCUCAGCACCGCCAUUUAUGCGCCAUGGCCCAAGCCAUACGUGCACUAACCCGAGAAGAAGGCCUCCCCCUCUCUCCCCUCUCCUACUUCGCCUCUUCCAUGGCCGCCAUCUCAGGCCGAGCACGAGACCCUGAAGCCAUGACAGCUCUCUCUACUCUACUUGCUUCCAUUAUACCCUCCGUGAAGGGACUCAGUGAAAUUAGGGCCAAGGAGGCGGGGACUUUGCUUGCAGAGAUAGCUGGGGGAGAGGGGUUGUCGACUUCGACUGUUAGGUCUCUGGUUAAGUGCGUUGGGUUGUUGGCUAGAGCUUGUGAUCGCUCGAGUUGGGGAUCAAUUGGGCCUUUGUGUAAGAGUUUGCUCUCGUUUUCACUUGAUAAAAGACCCAAGGUGAGAAAGAGUGCACUAAUGUUUGUUGAGGAGGCCUUUAAAUCUUUUGAUAGUUCCAGUGUUACAAAGAAGGCAAGCAAAGAGGUUUUAUCAUUGUUUGAGCACCACCGUCUAUUGGCAAGGGACCUGAUUCAAAGUGACACUUUCCGCACUUCUGAAAAAGAGGAAAAGCACAAGAUUUUAGAGGUCCUACAUAUGCUGAAUGCUUUGAAACUUAUUAUCCCCCUGCUAUCUGGAAAGGUCAUCUCAAAAUUUUUACUGGAGUUGAAUGUCCUCCUGGUUGAUAGGUUCACACCUAUUACAAGACACCUUUUUGAUGUUUUAGAUGCUAUAUUUACUUCAAGAUCUGAAACUUUUGCUUCAGAGACAAAGCAUACUCUAGAUUCCCUAGCAUCAUAUAUAUGUUCUAUUAAGAAGAAUCCUAUCAACACUGUCAUAACUGCAUCAUCUUUGCUGAGAAGUGGCUUGAGCAAACUCAAUGUUGUGGAACCACAAGUCGAGAUUUCCAAGCUUCCUCAGGUGUUCAGUUCAGUGGCAGGUAAAUUAAGUGGUCCAGAUGAGAAUGUUUCCAUGAAAGCAGCAGAGAUUGUUAGAGAGUUGGCUGGGCUCAUUGUCAAUCAAAGUAGUUUUCUGGGAGAAGUGAAUCUAACAACGGAUAAAGAGGCCUUAAAUCAAAAGGAGUCAACCACGUUAAAGUCUUUGUGUUCUGCAAUAGAGAGUGUUCUUGAUGCUUGUGCUGGGCCCCCCAAUAUUCCAACCUUGGCAGUCGUUUCAGAUCUAUUUAUUAUGCUUGCGGAAUCUUCAUUCAUCUGGAUGAAAGCAAUCCUUAUCAAGCUGUCAAAGUUCGAAAAAAGCACUGAUAAAGAUGCACCUUGCAAAAUGCAGCUGGAUGCAUGCAUUGGAUGUGCUGUCGUAGCUAUGGGUCCGGAGAUGAUCCUUUCCAUCACACCUCUUACUCUAGAUGAAGAAAAACUGUCAUUUUCCAACCAAUGGUUGAUUCCCAUCUUGAAGAAAUAUACCAUUGGAGCAUCGUUAAGAUUUUUUGUGGAGCAUAUAGUUCCCCUUGCAAAUUCUCUUCAAAAAAUUAGUCAUAAAGCUCCAAAGUCAUCUCUUGUGCAAGAACUGCAAUCUUAUACCCAUUGCCUAUGGGAUUUGCUACCUUCAUUCUGUAAUUAUCCAGUCGAUACAGACCAAAGUUUUACAAUGUUGGCAACGUUAAUGCUUGAUGCCCUCAAUCAGAACCCAAAUAUUCAUCAGAUCAUUGCCUUAGCUUUGCUGAAACUGGUGAACCAGAACAAAGAUAUUCUUAAUGCGAUCCAUAAAGCAAAUGAUAGUCAAAGUCAGUCCAUUUCAUUCAUAUCGGACGACUUCCACAUGGAAGUUAGGAGAGUGAAGCUUUUGUAUACAAAGAAGCGUGCAUCAAAAAAUAUCAAGGCUUUGUCAUCAUUCUCUGUGGAUCUUAUUGAGGCAUUUUCUAGUCUACUUUUCAGGUCCACUCAUGCAGAAAACACAUGUUUGAAGGAUGUGAUUGGGUGCUUGGCUUCAAUUACGGAUGGCUCAAAGGUCAAUAAGAUUUUUGUUCAAUCUGUACAGAAGUUUCAGCUCACAGAUGGUGCUGAAGAUAACAAUAGUUCAAUUGUUUCUAUUACCAAACCAAUUCAUAAAGAGUCAGGAGAAGAUGUACCAUCAAAGAGGCUCAAGGUGCUUCAGCUAGCAUACUCGCUUGUUGGAGGAGCUGAUGAAGAUGGUGUAAAUAUGAUAAUUGAUCAUGUCAAGUCUGCUCUCGAGGCUGAUAAUGAACUUUGUCAACAUGAGGCAUUCUGUGUUUUGGGCAAAUUAUUGAAGGAGCAUACUUGGUUUUGUUCAACAAGGUUAGAUGAACUGAUUGAGCUUCUGCUUGGUGCAAAGCCAUCUGCUGCUGCCCAGAAAAGUCACUUUGCCUGUUUCCAUCAUAUAUUGGUUUACCUUUUAGAGAAUAAUUUAGAGAACAUGAGUACCAGGGCUUUAUUAAUUCUCAACCAGAUCAUACAAUCUCUGAAGGAUUCGAAUAAAGAAGCAAGGAAAUUAGCUUAUGAUGUGCUUCUCCAGACAAGCUGCAGCUUGAGGAGCUGUUCUUCUGGUGACCCAAUUCAGCGGUUGUUUAGUAUGAUCAUGGGAUGUCUUGCUGGGACUACUCCGCGUGUAAUGAGCGCAUCGGUGGCUGCUCUAUCAUGGUUGAUAUAUGAGAACCCUAGUGUUUGUUUUUCUGUGCCUGAUUUGCUUCCUUCAGUUUUAGCAUUGCUUCAAAGCAAAGCCAGGGAAGUGAUCAAGGCAGUUUUGGGGUUCGUUAAAGUUCUAGUGACAUGCUUACAAGCCAAAGACCUGAAGAUGCCAUUGUUGGAUAUUGUCAAUGGAGUUCUGCCAUGGUCAUCUGACUCCAAAAACCAUUUUAAGUCCAAGGUCUGGAUAAUACUAGAAAUCCUGAUUCGAAAGUGUGGUUUUGGUUCUGUGAGGUCUGUCACACCAGAUAAAUACAAGGAGACACUCAAAAGCAUUAUUGAGCAACGUCAGGGAAAAACAAAUUCCAAAGUAGUCAGUAUUCCUUCUGAUUCAUCAAAACCAAUCAAUUCUACUCCUGAAAGGGGACCGAAAAGAACUCGUGAGAAAGAUGGGUUUUCGAGAAAGGAGAGAAAUGGUUCAUGGGCUCCUGGAGUAAAAGAGAAAGGAAAAACACACAAGAGAUUUAAACAGAGUAAUUCUGAAUUAAACAAUUCUAGCUUGUCUGCUCAUAACGAUAAUCAGAAGGGUUGGAGGAACAAAAUGACACGAACUCUCAAAGACCAAUCUCAAGUUAAACGACAGAAACAUGAUCGUGGAGGUGGGAAGAACAGCAGAGGUAAGCACUUGAACGGGAGGCUAGAUAGAGGCAACCAUGUCAAACAUAGGCCACAAAAGAAUGGAAAACACCUCGUACAAGCUGCACCCCAGUUCAAAAGGGAUAAUGCAUCUUCCAAGGUUCAAAAGAAAUCAGGACUGCAGAAGACGAGCAAUCCCAUGGGGAAAGAGUCAUAAAGGACCAGACUAGAAAUUCCACUGAUAUGCAUGGGUACCUGUAGUUUUUCUUUGAUUUAGCCCAUCACGGAGCUUGCAAAGAAAGGUCUUCGACUGCUUUAAACAGGCAAUUUAUGAAUGUAAUGGGCCAACGGAUUUGCAAGUAAAGACUCUAUUUGCAUGAGUGAGAUAUUAAGGCUUUCUUCAGAUCAGUUGCGGGGUUGCUUUAUCAAGAUUUAUCAAUGCUUUAAAGCCACAAUCAUAUCUUUGUUUUGUAGAAUGAGCUGCUUUGUAGCGUAAGGCGGGUCGGCACUUAGGGUUUGAAUUUUGGUUACUUAUCAUGAGAUAAAGGAGUCAGGAUUUUGUAGGGCCUGGCUUAUUAUAGAUAUGUAUACUUUUUUGCUACUAGAUAUCUGGGGCCUAUUCUUUGAAGUUAUAGAAGCGUCCAGAUUGGCCUUUGUUGAGCUAUCUGUGGUUGUACCAUGAUGAUUAGUGGCAUCUUUGCAGAAUUGCAAGAGUUCUUAGAGCUUGUAUAGUUGUACCCUUAUUCUGCAAUUACUAAAUUCCAUUUAUUGGUAAGAAAAAAGAAAUUGAUGUGCAUUUUUUGUAAUGUUAAUGAACUUUAAAAAAUGUACAACAGCUAUUGUGGUAUCUGUUCAAAAAAAUUUGUCUGUUGUUUUGCUGGCCCAA